AUGUAUCGUCAACAUUCUCCUCGCCAUGGCGACACGCCUAAUCUCGACGAAGAGCCAACUGAAUAUACCUCUCUCCUCCCCAAGCCAGCGGAUCUCGACAGUCCUGAAGAUCCAGAUCGCUAUGACAGCCAUAGUUCUGAGGACGAGGGCUGGAGACAGCAUCUCGCCGAACUCUGGAUUUUGUUCAAGGGCUCUAUUCCCGUUAUUCUGGCGUAUACACUCCAGAACAGCUUGCAAACCGUGUCCGUAUUGAUAGUCGGACGCUCUUCGCCCGAAAACCUGGCCACGGCUGCCUUCUCCUUGAUGUUUGCUAUGAUCACAGCGUGGAUGAUCGCUUUGGGUGGUACAACAGCACUUGACACGUUGGCCUCGUCAACGUUCACGGGUAGCUCAAACAAGCACGACCUUGGUAUCUUACUGCAGAGGGGGUUCUUUGUUCUAAGUCUUUUCUACAUCCCCGUUGCUAUCCUUUGGGCAUGCUCAGAGCCAGUCUUUCUGCUUCUGGGUCAAGACCCACAACUAUCUAGAGAUAGUGCGCGAUUCUUAACCUGUUUGAUCCCGGGUGGUCUGGGGUAUAUUUAUUUCGAAUUGAUGAAGAAGUAUUUGCAAGCUCAAGGCAUCAUGCGUCCAGGGACAUAUGUGCUAAUGCUUACAUCUCCCUUUAAUGCCCUUCUCAACUACCUAUGCUGUUACACAUUUGAGAUGGGCUUAUUUGGAGCGCCGUUUGCUACUGGCAUUUCAUAUUGGUUGUCUUUCAUCUUGUUAGUUCUCUAUUCCCGGUUCAUUGCCGGGUCCGAAUGCUGGGGCGGAUGGUCGCGAGAGGCGCUCCAGAACCUGGGUACUUUUGCCCGUCUAGCCUUCCUCGGUAUCAUCCAUGUCGGCACGGAAUGGUGGGCAUUCGAGAUUGUAGCCCUAGCAGCAGGCCGGUUAGGAACCAUCGCAUUGGCUGCACAAAGCGUUAUCAUGACCGCUGAUCAAGUACUCAACACGAUCCCGUUUGGAGUGGGCGUCGCCACGUCGGCACGAGUGGGCAACCUCCUGGGCUCUCGGAACGCACCGGGAGCAGCCAAAGCAGCGAAUACGGCCGCCUGGCUCAGCAUUCUCCUCGGUGGGGUAGUACUGGCUGUGCUAAUGGGUACGCGGCAUGAGUUUGCGAAGAUCUUCAACUCGGACGAGCGAGUUGUGCGCCUAACCGCCGAGGUGCUGCCCUAUGUUGCACUAUUCCAGAUUGCAGAUGGCUUGAAUGGCAGUUGCGGGGGCAGUCUCCGUGGUAUGGGGCGACAGCAUGUCGGAGCGAUGGUCAAUCUGGUUAGCUAUUACUGUGGUGCGCUGCCGCUCGGCAUUUGGCUGGCGUUCCAUGGCUGGGGCCUCAAGGGCCUGUGGGUGGGACAAUGUAUUGCCUUGUAUCUGGUGGGGGCGUUAGAGUGGAUGAUCGUAGCUCUCAGCAAUUGGAGUAUGGAAGUGGAUAAGGCGUUUUCUCGUAUGGAUGUGCAUGAGCGAUUGGAGGAUGGAAUGUAA